UCAUAUCAUAUUGUUUCGCGCCUUCUAGUGAUCAAGAUCAAGUAACGAGUACUAUCGAUACGGUCAACCGGCAACAGUUGCAGUUUCCUACCACGGAGAGGACGGAAUCCUUAGCAAAGUGUUGGAUAACUGAGUUGGACAAAAUAGUUCACCAUGAAAUUUGUGAUCGUGCUCGUUGCUGCGAUUGCGGCCGUGUCAGCUCAAAUUCGCCCCCUUGCGGUUCCGCUACGACCGGUGCCCUACGGAGGUCCGGAGGCCAGCGCUGUUAUUCUGAAUCAAGUGUACGAACCCAAUCCCGAUGGUUCCUAUAUAUACAGUUAUGAAACGAGCAAUGGAAUUCGUGCCGAGCAGCGUGGCUUCCUAAAAAAUCCAGGAACUCCCGGAGAAGCUCAGGUGAUGCAGGGAUCCUACUCAUACACCGGCCCCGACGGAGUUGUCUACACCAUAAACUAUAUAGCCGAUGAGAACGGAUACCGCGCGGAGGGAGCCCACAUCCCAUCUGCCCCACGGUAUAACCCACGCUUCCCAGCACCGUUCAAGUAAAGUGGGGAACAAAAAUAGUAACCUUCCGUACGCCAGUUACCUUAGUAUUUAUUGCAAAGUUCACCGUAACCAGCAGAACUCACUUUGUUCACUACUCCUGCUUAUGUACAAGUGUUUCAUCUAACGCGGGCACACAAUUCCAAUGCACACACACAUCCGCGAAUCAUACUCAUCAUCUACCGGUCUGUGAAUAGUGCAUCACUGUGAUUAUCUAUGCUGUUCUAUCUUGAAGUAAUAUUUCAGUGGACUAGCCGCUUCUGAGUGUGGGAAAAAUUCUUGCCCGUAAUGGACAAAAGCGACAGUCCGGAGAGUUCUAGCUCUAAGCGAAACCAUAUUUCUUUUCAUAGCUUUUAAAUUGUAGUUCAUUGAUGAUCUAAUAAUUUGAACAUCUUAUAUUAAUUACCCAUUCGGAACCAAUUCUUCAACCUAAAUAUGUACAGUAAAUAUAAAUAACACACCCGUAAAGUUAAUUGUAAUUAUACUCAUUUAAAAUAAUUAUGUAAAACAAUUGUAUGAAUUUUGUACAACAGAUAUGCUAAUUUUGUAAUUUGUACAUGAGAAAGUAAAUAAAGAUCGCUGCAAUCGCCCAAUAAGAAGAGGCAACAUUCAUAA